CAGAAAUGAAGCAUCUGAGCUCCUAUUUUACCUUCGCUACUGCCAUUGCUCUUUUAUUUUCAUUUGAACCUCCUUCACUUGAUACUCCUGAAAAGUUUGUUCAAUGUUUUUACAACUAUCCCCAUAUCACCAACUCAAUCUCCAAUGUUCUUUACACCCAAACAAACUCUUCAUAUUCCUCUGUCCUAAAUGUUACCAUUCAAAAUCUUAGGUUCUUAAACAUAGUCUCAAAACCUCAAGUCAUUGUUACGCCAGUGAAAGUUUCUCAUAUUCAGGCCACCAUAAUGUGCUCCCAACGUCAUGGCCUGCAAAUUCGAACCCGAAGUGGAGGUCAUGAUUACGAGGGUCUCUCGUACGUUGCCGAGGUUCCCUUUGUCAUCAUUGACCUCAUAAACCUUCGAGAAGUCACAGUUGACGCAGAAAAUCAAACAGCGUGGGUUCAAACUGGAGCACACCUUGGAGAACUCUACUACAGGAUUUACGAGAAAAGCAAAACACUUGGGUUUCCAGCUGGUGUGUGCUAUAGUGUGGGCACUGGUGGCCACAUCAGUGGAGGUGGCUAUGGAUUCUUGAUGCGUAAGUACGGUCUUGCCGCAGAUAAUAUCGUAGAUGCUCAAAUAGUAGAUGUGAAUGGUAAUCUACUUGACAGACAAGCCAUGGGUGAGGAUUUGUUUUGGGCAAUUAGAGGAGGUGGUGGAGCAAGCUUUGGAGUCAUCGUGGCUUGGAAGAUAAAACUAGUUCCAGUUCCAUCAACUGUGACAGUAUUCAACGUUGAAAGAACAUUGGAAGAGAAUGCAACCGAGAUCUUUCAAAAGUGGCAGGUUGUGGCGAGUAAAUUGGACGACCGUAUAUACAUUAGGGUGGACAUGACAAAGGUACCCUCACGUGAAUAUGGAAAGAAGACAAUACAAGUCAAUUUUGUCUCCACGUUUCUAGGAGGUGUAGAAGAACUUGUUUCACUGAUGCAAAAGAGUUUACCGGAGUUGGGUUUGGACAGAAAAGACUGUACUGAGACUAGUUGGAUUGGCUCAGUUGUCUUCUUGAAUUCUCCGUGGAUUGUAACUACAACCCUCGAAGCCCCAGAGGUUUUGCUGAACAGAACUCAAAUUUAUUCAGGUUAUUUCAAAGCAAAAUCUGAUUAUGUAAUGCAACCUAUUUCUGUUGACGGAUUACGAGGAUUAUGGCGCUUUCUUUAUGACGAUGAGAUUGAAAAUUCCCAGGUUCAAUUCGCUCCUUAUGGAGGCAGAAUGUAUGAGAUUUCCGAAUCUGAACUUCCAUUCGCACACAGAUCUGGAUACAUAUUUCAUAUGCACUACGUGACCAUUUGGCAAACUGCAGGGGACGAGGCUGCACAAAGGCACAUGAAUUGGAUUAGAAAACUGUAUAAAUAUAUGGAACCUUAUGUUUCAAACUCCCCAAGAGCUGCAUAUGUGAAUUACAGAGACCUUGACAUUGGGGUUAAUAACAAUGGUUAUACAAGCUACGAUCAAGCAAGUAUUUGGGGUCUCAAGUAUUUCGGUAACAAUUUCAGGAGAUUGGCUACCGUGAAGACCAGGGUUGAUCCUUACAACUUUUUCAGAAACGAACAAAGUAUUCCCACGCUGUUGGACGAAGAAAUUUAAAUUCUCUAUAUAUCUAAAAUUCAAAUAAACUAAAUGUUGUGUUUUUUCAAUAGUAAUAUCUACCGUUCAAAUAAAAUAAUUUUUGUAUGUUU